CUCGGAACCUUUUUUUUCAUUUUGUAGGGUCUGCACAAAUGAAGCAUCUUUCCUUUCUCAAGUUGCAUUGAUCGAUAAUUUCGAUCGACUCCUACAAAAUCUGAUCUUCUUCAGAACUUCUUCAGAAGGCGCAGAAGUAUCAAGUGAAUUCAGAGCCAACUUUUUCUUUUUCUUUUUUUUUUUCAGGCCCCUCAGUCUUCUUUCUUACCAGUCGAUUGCCUGCUCAGAAUUGAUUCAAGACCACCACGAUUCAAUCUUGCUGAUCAUCUGAAGGGCUGCACAAUCUUGGAAAUCGCAGAUAAAGUGGAGUUAAUUCAUUCUCCGAAGGGAAGCCUCUUGCCAAUUUUCACAAUCUCAUAAGUUGCUUAGGUGUGAUGAUGAGAGCCUCAAAAUGCUAAAGGAUCCGAGAGAAAAUGAUUUUCUAACUAAAGAAGAAGGAGACACUACCGAUGAUCGUAAGCCUACAACAAGUUUAAGACAAUGGUCAGGACUGAAGGAUCCAAGAAUUGUUCGCGUGUCGCGCGCAUUUGGAGGGAAAGAUCGGCACAGUAAGGUGAGAACAAUAAGAGGAUUACGGGACAGGCGUGUUCGGCUUUCUGUCCCAACUGCAAUCCAAUUGUAUGAUCUUCAAGAAAAAUUGGGAGUUAACCAACCAAGCAAGGUGGUGGAUUGGUUGCUUAAUGCUGCUCAGCAAGAAAUCGACAAGCUUCCUCCGCUACAAUUGCCGCCUCACUUCGAUAUUCAUUUCCCUCACUCGACGCCGAUCUCGAUCGAAGAAACUUCGCUGCGAGCUCCCUUUGGUGCUCAAACUGUCGAGAACUUGGAGCAUAAGAGAGGCAAUGGUCCGCGGCCUUUAUCCUUGUUCAGUAAGGCAAAUGAGGAUGGUUUCGGCAAUCAAGUUCCGCCCGAAAAUCUAGCAACCAUGCAAAGAUCUUUAUUUUGGACCCCGGACGGUCAACAAAGAGCGCGGCAAAGAGUAAUCAUGGAAAAUCAAGAUGCUGGCAACAAUUACGCGCAAUUUUCUACUGACUACCAGCUUGGUGUCCCUAAUAGCUCCGCAGGAUUGAUAAGCAAUGUAAUGCAAUACACUUCUCACUUCCCUAGUGACCCAUCAAAUGCACAUCUAGUCCAUUCUUCUCAAGAGGUUUCGCAUUCUUCGGUUCCGUCAUUGCUUUCACUGAACACACCAGGAUCUCAGCUGGUAUUCUAUCCACCAGGAUCUUUCCCAUCAUAUGUCGCCAACUCAAGCGGCUUUGACGGAAAAGAAGCCAGCCAUUUGCCUCCCGAAAGCUUCGGUUCUCAAAACAUUUCACUGAAUUCUAUGAGAACUUACCUUCACUCACAAAACCAACAGUGAGUAUUUCCUAGCCAUUUCUACAAUGCCUGAAAUUUAGAGAAAUGAAGGUAAGUUAAUUUGUUGCUGCGACAGCAAAAACCUUCAGGGUUUGAAGCUACUUAUGGAUUUAUGCUGCUUUGAUCUUCCCUAUAAAAAUUUGUGAUUUGGUGAGAACUUAAUAGUGAUUACUCUUAUUUUACUGCUAUGGUCUCCGAGUGUUUCCUGAAUACUAUGUGUACAUCAAUUUAUUUGUUUCUUCUUUUAUAUGAGGGAUUGAUGAUUUUUGUUUGUAUAAGAAUGUUUUCAUUUUGGAUAGCUAGUGUUUGAGCAUACUUUGGCAUUA